AUGCUGCAGCCAGGGGGCCGACAGCUUGGGCAACGCGAGGUUGAUGGCCGAUCCACCGUUCAUCGCACGUUCGCGCUCUUGCUCCUCCAUCUGGAGGUUGGCCUUGAGACGAAUGGCGGCAUCCUUGACAGCUUCCCUGUCAAAGUCCUGAGCGGAGACGGCAAGGAUAAUGUCUUGCAGGUCACCGUGUCUCACAGCAAGAAGCUCGCGCAACCAGGUGAUCUCGUCAUCACGCUUGGCGAUCUUCGUCGGUGCCUCAGGGUCGAGCUUAUCGACAGUGGACUCGAGCUCCUCAAUGCGUUGCUCGCGGGCCUGCAACUGCUCCUGCAGAACCAUAAUGGACUCUCGCAGGGCUUGGGGCGAGAUCUUCUCGGGGAGGUCCAUGGCCUUGGGCACGACGGCGGCGGCGACGGUGGCGACGGCCUUGGGUUGGAAGGUCGCGGCGGGCUGGGCAGGUGGCUCGACACCGGCCGACUUGGCAGCUUGGGCGGCGGCGCGAGCAGCCUCCUUGGCAAUCUCGAGCUUCUCCUCCAGGUGGGCGACACGGUCUUGCAGGUGCUCCGUCUUGGAUGUGGAGAGGCUGAGGCGCUCGAGGAGAUGCUGCUCGGUCUUUUGGCCAUCCUCGACGGCGUUGCUCAGCUGGCGCUCCCAGCGGGUCUGGAAGUCCUCGAGUUCGUUCUGGUGCUUGCGCUUCAGCUCCUCGAGAGCCUCGGUCUUGCUGCUCUGAGCCUCCUCCAUCAUCAUCUCAGACUGAGCCUUGGCAGUCUCAACAUCCAUGUUGACCUGGUCGAGCUCGGCUCUGAGCUUGGCAACCUGCUCCUCGAGCUCCUCGCGGACAACGUUGACGUGGUGGUUGGCUUGAUCAAUCUCCCGCUGCAUGGCGGCGCGUGUUCGCUGGACCUCGUUGAUGCCAGACUCUCUGGCUUCCUUAAACUCGCUCUGGUAGCGCAUGGCAGACUGGUGAAGCUUGUGGUUCUCAGUCUUCAUCUCGCCGAGCAGGCCCUCGAGACGCUUGCACUCGUUGACAGCACGCAUGCCCUGGCGCUCGCCAUUCUCCAGUCGCUCAAUCUCGGUCUCAAGACGCUCACGCGUACGCGCCUCGGCUUGGAGCUUGGCGUCCAGGACCUCUUGGCGUGCGAGCAGGGCCUGUUCGCGCUUGGUCCGGCGGGCAUUCUCUUCGGUGAUGUCGCGAGCAGCUUGAGCCAUGUCUUCCUGGAGGGAGACAAACUUUGCGCGCCAGCUUUCCCUGACGCGCUCGUUCUCCUGGAGCUGGGUUCCAAGGGUGUCAAGGAACUUCUGCAACUGCUUGUUCUCGUUGAGGGUCUCGUUCAGGUCGAUUUGCUGCCGGCGGGCGGUCUCAAUGGCGCGCUCGGCUUCGGUCCUCCAGCGGCUGGCUUCUUGGUUGGCGCCACGCAGGUCGUCAUCCAUCGCGUUGAUCUUGUUCGUGAGCUCGGUCUGGGCCUGCGCAGCGUUCGUCUGCGAGGCCUCCAUAAGGGCCAUGCGCAUGGUCUGCUUGGAAGCAGCCUGCUCAACGGCCUUGAGCUUGUGGUUGCGCUCCUCGACCUCCUCUCUGAGGCGAUUCUCCUCUUCGGUGGCAAUGCGAAGAAGUCGCUGGACCUCGGAGAGUCUAUCUUCGGCGGUACGGCGGCCAUCAAGCUCUGCCUGAGCUCUCUCCUCCUGGUGCCUGAGCUUCUCCUCGAGGUCACCGAUGCGGUUGUCGAAAAUGCUUCGCUCGGCCGCAAGAUCUUCGGCAGCACGGCGAUCGGUGACCUCCUUCUCAGUCUGGGUUCGCUCGACAUAGAGGCGUUCUUCAAGAUCGAUGACCUUGGCCUGGAGCUCACUCAGCUUGUUGUUGACGGCCUCGUCGCUGUCACGAUCAGCAGUGGCCUGUUGGGACGGAGUCGGCAUGCGCUUCUCGACAGCUUCCUCGACAAUGUUGCGCAAAUCCUCGCCGCGGAAAUCAAGACGCAUAGAAGCGCCAAACUGUUCCCUCAUCUCCUCCAAAGCCUUGAGAACAGCAGUGCUGGAGGUAUCGUCGGAGGCGGCAGGGGCGACAACCGGGGCCACGGGAGGAGUGCUGCGCUGCUGCACCGCAAAAGCGUCGAGGACGGCUGCGCGGAUCUGUUCCAUGCGUCUGUCGCGGCGCGGGCUCAACGAGCGGCGGGGCACAGGUUCUUCAUCCUCGUCGUCAGCAUCACUGUGCUGGAUGUCUGCAGAAACGCUGCGACGGACGGAAGAGGAAGCUCUCCUGGAGCCUCCUCGGAGGGAUUGCUUGAUGGAAAGAAGAGCCUUCUCCAAGGGGCCGAGGCGAGCGGAGAGCAGGUCGCUGACGGCUUCAUUGACACGGCCGUCGAAGAACUGGACGCGUUGCUCCAGCUUGGCCUGUUCCUCCUCACUGAAAGCCCCCUCCCAGUCGCUAUGCGCAACGCUCUCUUCACCGUUCAAGUGCGUGAUGGGAGCAUCGAAUGA